GCAGCCGGACGCUCGCAGGCAGCAAGGUGCUCAUCUGACGCGCUGACGUCACCAAAUCUUUGACAGCACUUCCUGGAGUGGUGUUUGUUGUGGGAAACAGCCACGGUGGUGCUGAAUUGAGGGAAUUUAGGCCACAUAAACGGCUGGAAAGACGAGACAAACUCCCACCUCCUCCCACCAUCAAGCAUGUGGUCGCGGCAGCUGCUUUUGACCGAUAUCAGAUAAGAUAGAAAGAGGGUUUUCGGCUGAGAAACCGAGGAAGGAGGACGAGGUGGAAAAUUUCCCGGACAGACCUCACAGCAGAGCAGAGCCGCCGACAGACAGCACGGCGUUGUCGCGAUGUUGUAACUAAACCAUGGACAGCAGGAUAAAGGAGAACCCAGAAAGAACAUUUGAUCUGGUUGUACAAGUGGCGUGUCCACCAUCUGAAAAUGAAGAUCCAACCGUGCUGUGGAGCUUCCCCCAGGACCACACAGACCAGUCAACCUAAGUCCAACAGAUGACAGAAGACAACCCAAGCGUGCUCUGAUCUCCACCCAGAAGGUCCGGUAAUAAACACUGCAAGGGUGACUUGAGCAUCUCGUCGACUGAAAGAAGAAAAAACGUGAAGAGAGAAAAUAAAAAGAUUGGUUUUCUGUGUGUAGGCUAGGCUUACUACACUUGAACACAACAGCCUGGCUGCAGAGUUUAAACAGCCCUCCUGCUUCUCUGAUCCACUUUGAGGAAUAAACAGACUUGUAUGAAGAUGCUGCAGGCGGUGUCUACCUGCCCCACAACAACCAGAGUAAGAGGAGGUCCUUCAGACAGUACCAAAGUUCUGCUUCCCCUUUGACGUGAAAAGGGUUUCCCAGAAUCAGGUGGGCCAGAAUUUCACCUUUGUUCUCACGGACAUCGACGGCAAACAGAGGUUUGGUUUUUGUCGACUCACCCAAGGCUGCCGGGUCUGCAUAUGUCUCCUCAGUUACAUGCCCUGGUUUGAAAUCUACUACAAGCUGCUAAAUACACUGGCUGACUACCUAACAAAACAACAGGAAAAUGACUUGAAUGACAUGCUGAAUUCUCUGUAUGAGCUGCCUGUGCCAAAGCCCUUCACGCCAGUCAACCUGAGUGUGAAUGAGCAGUUGUGUAUUGCCACUGGGCAAGUGCUGAGAGAUCGGCGAAGCGAGGAGCCGCACUCCUACUUCAUCGCCCCGGAUAUCAAUGGACUGCCAACUAUCCCUGAGAGUAGGAACCUGACUGAGUACUUUGUGGCGGUGGACAUCAACAACAUGCUUCAACUUUACGCCAGCAUGCUGCACGAGCGGCGCAUCAUUAUUACCUCAAGGAAGCUUAGCACUUUAACUGCGUGUGUCCAUGGUGCAGCGGUUAUGCUCUAUCCAAUGUACUGGCAGCACAUCUUCAUCCCCGUGCUGCCCCCGCAUCUUCUGGACUACUGCUGUGCUCCUAUGCCAUACUUUGUGGGAGUUCAUCUCAGCCUCCUGGAGAGAGUCCGCAGUCGGUCGCUGGAGGACGUGGUCAUUCUGAACGUGGACACAAACACCCUGGAGAGUCCUUCUGAUGACCUACACAACCUACCCUGUGAUGUGGUGUCCUCUCUGAAGAGCAAGCUGAAGAAGCAGUCGACAGCAACAGGAAGUGGAGUGGCGAGGGCCUUCCUGAGGGCGCAGGCCGCCCUGUUUGGUUCCUACCGGGACGCGCUCAGAUACCGACCUGGAGAACCAAUCACAUUCUGCGAGGAGAGUUUCAUCAACCAUCGCUCCAGCACCAUGAAGAGCUUCCUGUCUAUGGCUGUCAACCUGCAGCUCUUCAAACAGUUCAUCGACGGACGGCUGGCCAAAUUGAACGCAGGCCGCGGCUUCACCGACGUGUUUGAAGAAGAGAUCACAGACGGGGGCUUCUGUGGAAGUAGCUCAAGGUCGUACCAGCAGUGGAUGCACACGGUGAAGAAAGGAGGAGCGCUCUUCAACACAGCUGUAUCUAAGGCCAAGGUUCAUGCCAAGAGGGGUAUCCGGGACAUUAGGGGCAGACUCAAAGCGAGGGAAGAAGACGAGGACGGGAUGACAGUGUGUGCAGGGUCUCCCACCAGCACCAAGAGCCUGUCUCCAAGGAGACUGCAGAAGAUGAGACUGCAGAACUUGAACAAGUCUCCCAUGAGCGUGGGCCCACGAGAUCUGGGUUACGGGCUCGAUGAUGAUGAGGACACGGCGAGCAAGAUCUCCUCUGAGGACAGCGCUGAGGUUCGCUCCUACACCGAGGACAGCGACGAUUCUGCCUCCCUGGAGCUGAACAUCGACUCGUCCAGCUCAGGUCAAAUGAACCUGCUGGAGGAGAUCCUGGAUUCUCUGACCACCACAACCAUGGAGGAAGGAAGACUCAGCGCUGCCAAGAGCCUGGACUUCUUCAGGUCCAUGGAUGAGUUGGACUACAAAGCUCCGAAGACUAAGCCCCCUCCCUGCAAGGAGUCCAGCCCUGCCGUGGAGAGCAGCUGUGCUCCGGACUCGGAUCACGGUGGCUGGAAUAUGGGUCAGGAUGACAGCGCCAUCUAUGGAAAACACCUUCCACCGUCCCCACGGAGACAACCCACCAAGAGCAGCCUGAAGGUGUCACAUAAACCUGCAGCUGGUCCCUCCAAUGCAGCUACCCGGAAUACUGAUGUUUCCAAGUCAGACCAUCCCCCUUCAUCCUCCGCCAAGCCACAUCCCAACCCAAACCUUGCUUCAGGACAGCAGCCGGGACACCAUCGCUUCUCCUACUCCCCCUUACCGUCCCACAGAGUUACACCCGCCUCUCCCAAACUCUCACACACCUACAGCUCCCCCUCUUCCACAUCCUCUCCAGUGCCAACGAGCCGCUCACGGACCAGCUCAGAUCCUCAGAGCAACCUGGAGCCUUCUCAAGACCAGAACCAGACUGCAUCCUGCAGCAUCCAGAGGAGGAAGGUUCUGACCAAAGACACACUGAGUAAACACCAGAGGCCAGUCAGCAAAGUUCUCAGCCAGGGCCCGGGGAGUCCAACCAAGAACAGCCAGGCAACGAUGCAGGUCCCCUGGGAGAGGCAGGUGUCCCAGGACGGGCUCCUGGGGCUCGGUCUGUGUCUUGGGCAGGGUAAAGGCUCGGGAACGGCGGUGGCACCGGAUCUAGGCCUCCUGGAGGAGAUUGAUUCCAUGUGUUACUUCAGCAACCUACAGCUUUCACAAGUUCACUGUAACAAUAGUCACCACCAGGUCCAGGGCAAAGCCACGGACAAGUCCUAAAGAACGUCUCCGGUUCUGCUCCUCUGAGUCAGAGCAGGAGUCCGAGUGGACCUGACGUAGGCAAGAACAAAGCAGAAUGUGGAACGGUGCACUGCACAAGUCUGUCAGUUCCCUAAAGAGCCUCCUCGUGUAAAACUAAACCUGGAUUAUUAGUGAGAUACUCAGAGAUGAUCCUUAAACCAGCACAACAAACCUCAUUUCUGACACGUUUUCAGCUUUUCUCUGUGAAAGAGAAUGUUUUUCCUCUGACUCCUUUUCUUAUUGCCAUUUAAUCACAAAUGAUCUGGAUUAUGUCUCAUUAAUUUCCUCGGUUCGGCCUCGGACUCUGACUUUUGCAGUGCUUCCCCUUCCCUUCGGUUAUGUUCAUGUUGUACGUCUGAUUCUGACACAAGUUAGAAAACGAGUCGGUACGGAUUAAAAAAGGGACUAAAUCUCUUCAGCGCCUCUGCUGAACUCACUGUCCUCUCAACUGUUCACAGGAUGAAUUUGCACUCGUAGAUUAAUUUAUACCUGGUACUAAACUCACCUGAACAAGUCCAGGAGGACUUUUGGAAGAAUAAUUUCCGUGUGAGUAAUGAUUUCUGUCACAACGCCUUAAACAGACGCAGGUUUGUUUUGAUGUCUCAAACCUCAGAUCUGGCUGCAGCUUAGUGAACAGAAUCAGAUCAGCUAUUCCACAUUCUAGGCCCUCGUGUCGAGGCGUCCUUCUGGAUCCUGCUGUCGGUUCCUCAGGACGCUCCCGUCUCUCUGAAGACAAACGGCUAAACGUUAAAAGCACAUGACUCCAUUUAAAAUCUGAGACCAGUCGUUGGUCAAAUUUAGGAAGUUUUUCUUGGAGGUGGGAAAUUUUUAUCUUUUGAAGUUUGAGCAACAAGAAUCCUACGAACAGAGUCAAACUGGGUUUUGUAAUCUGUGUGCGUUCAGAUUUCUCUGUGGCACUUCUUCACCUCCAGGCGUUUUUCUUGAUGUAAACUUUAAAAACGGGUCACAAAAACACGAUUAACUCAGAACUUGUCAAGUCAUUAGCGUUGCGCCGUCGUGGGAUUUGCUGACAGCAUCUCAUCGUUUCCUUUCGUCUCCAUCUUCCUGCUUUCAUGAUGAAUCCGAUCAUGUGACUGUAACGUGUGUGUGGGGGGGGUGCACACCGUCGUUCCUCGAGCCGCUCGGUUGGACGUAACAUGUUCAGGGUCUAAAGUGUUUUUAUUAGCGACUCUCCCAUGGAGAGGAUCGCUGCGGCCUGCGUCACCGCGGACUCGGAAUAAAACACACACACACACAUUUCCAUGCUCUCGGGUUACUACAUGUAUGCUUCGUUGUUCUUGUGAUUUAUUCCAGACGCCAGUCGCUGCGGCACUUUAACAGCAGCUAUUCCUUCACUCCUUGAGUGCUGCUCUGCGUUAACGGUUUGCUCAUAAAGACUUUGGCGUCUUUCUAAAAGCUCCAGAAUCCAUCCUGGUAAUUCCAAAUAAAAACACACACACACACACACACUCGAGCAAUCUGCACCGGCCCUGUUCACUGGAAACACUUUAGUAAACUUGUGUUCUAUGCAAAUAUUUAAAAAUAUAAUCUUAAAGAGGUCAGCGUGACAAAUGAGAUGUAACUGCUGCAUGCCCCUGAAAUAAUAGAAUAUUUAAGUGUGUGUGUGUGUGUGUGUGUGUGUGUGUGUGUGUGUGUGUGUGUGUGUGUGUGUGUGUGUGUGUGUGUGUGUGUGUGUGCGCGCCUUAUAUAGUGUAAUCACAAGAAGGUAAAGUAUUAUAGAAAUAGACCACCCUGCAUCACUGUAAGGAGCGCUGAACAUUUUUAUACAACAGAGCUCUUCUGGACCAAACCCGAGCAGAACCCGUACUGGCGCUUUUCUCUCUUUUAGCUCUGGUCCGGUUGGACUUCCUCAGUGUUUUCUGCUCUGGGUGGAGGGAAAACCACCUGCUUGUGUUAAAUUUUGAUUUCAUUAGAUUCUCUCUGAUUGUAAAUCACCAUCAGUGUGUUUCCUUUUACAUUCAGUUUUUCUUCCAUGCGUUAUCCACAAACGUCCUCAGAGGAAGUUUCUUUUUUUAUUGAUGAGAGUUUAUUUUCAGCAGAGCAGAUGUGUAUUUUUUCUGGCUUGAGUAUAUUUUACAUGGAUAAUAUUUGAUCGGUGUAGUAUUGUAAAGAGAUGGCACCUGAGCUCUGAAUGUUUGAGAUUUUAUUUUUUUGAAAAACAAGAGAAGAGAACGUCUCGUGCAGCCGUUCCUGUGCAGGGGAAUCUAAGAGUUUGGAGUCGGAAAAAAGCAGAGUGACAUUUAUCUACGUGUACGGUCUGAUUUGGUUUCACAGAUGUAAUCUCGUGUUUCUUUCAGUAUUUAAUGAUGCAUUGUGUUCUGACAGCUGAAAGCGCCUUUUCAUGAAGCCAAACGAACAUUUCUGCUGUAAAUCUGUGAAAGCUGCAAAAACAGCUGCUGAGGAAGAUUUGGGCCCAUUUACUAGAUUUCACACGAUAAAAGAGCGUAGCAUUUUUGGGUUUGUAGAAGAGAAGUUCAGGUUUCUGACACUGUGUGAAUAAUAAAAUGAUCAGUAACUGAUGUAGCAGCGAUCACUAAAGUAUAAACUCAGAAUCAAAUUAACACCGUUCCCUCAGACUCUGUUUAAAGCUGAUUUUGGUGCUUUUAGCGCUUCACCAAACCUUCCAGUCAGAUUCUUUUCACCAUGAGUCUGGCUGUUGUAAUUCUGAUUAACUCUUUGGUGUUUCUAUUUACUGAUGUCUAGUUCUGUUUUCUGAUGGUGUGCACACUUGCAUGCUCUCAUCACAGCUGAGGUCAAUCUGAUGUGAUAUUGGUGAGUAACUUGGUACAUCUGCACACAUCUGUAUGCACUGUGAACUAAAAAAUAAAUGGAACCAUUAAAUGCUUUAA